AUGGCAUGCUUCACAUUCUUCAAAUUUAUGAUGGUCUUGUUCAACUUGCUUAUCCUUCUGGGGGGUCUGACCCUGCUGGGCGUGGGGAUUUGGGUGAGUGUGGAUAAGGGUUUGUUCCUACAGGUGCUGAGUCCCUUCUCCACCCUCGACACGCAGUUUGUCAAUGUGGGCUUCUUCUGCAUCGCUAUUGGAGGAGUGCUGGUUCUACUGGGUGUCCUGGGCUGCUGUGGAGCCCACAAGGGGAGCAAGUGUCUGCUGCUACUGUUUUUCUCCAUCAUCCUGAUUAUUUUCAUCGCUGAAGUGGCAGCCGGAACGGUGGCCCUCGCCUACUCUUCGUUUGCCGAGGGGAUUCUUAAAGCAUGGGCCACCCUUGUCUUGAAGAACCAGUAUGGCAGCGAUCCGGUGGUCACCAAGAUCUGGAACAGCACUAUGACUGAGCUGAAUUGCUGUGGCUUCACCAACUACACAGACUUUACUGACUCGUACUACUUCGAGCAGAGUGAGGGCAGCUACCCACCCAGCUGCUGCCAGCUAGACACUGCCCCCUGCAGCCAGCAGCAGGCAUGGCACAGUGCUGUUCAGGGCUGUUUUGCACAGCUGUUGGAGGCCCUUCAGAAGCAUGCCAACAUCGUAGGUGGAAUAGCCGUAGGCAUCGGAGGGCUAGAGGUGGCAGCGAUGCUGGUGUCCAUGUAUCUGUACUGUUAUCUGGACAACAAUGUCAGCUGA